AUGGAAUGGACUAAUCAGAGAUGCAUGAAUGAAUGCGUGGCUGCGUCGAGUGCCCCUGGAAGAGGAUUCGUUGUCCUCUUCAUCAUUGUCCUCACGCUGAUUGGUAGAAGCCACUCAAGCCAACAGGGCGGAAGAGUGAUUCGGCCAAUUAGGGCUUUGGAUGCAGGGGCACUGCUUGUUGCUUACGGCGGGCAUUCGUUAGUUCAAGCCUACGCCAGCAUGCAUCCAGGCAACGCAACACAGCAGGACAGCGAAAAGACGGGGAAGAGUACUGAGAAGAGACACAGAAUGCAUCCUAGCACCUCAGUGGUAGUCCCAGUUAUGGUGGAGGCUUGGUGCCUUUGCGCAGGAUGCGCCGUCUCAGAAUUGGUUGCACUCAAGAAAUCGGCCAGUCCUAAUAAGGUUGGCGUAAAAAAGUGUGACUCAUUGCCCGGACCCAUUGUCAGACUCUGCCCCAUUAUUCCGGGCUUGUACCUACAGCGAAAGCGCACAAACCUUGCGGGAUUGCUGCCUGAGAAAUACAAAUUGUCUCCAUCUUCCCGUCCUCAGGCCUCUUCUUCUUUUCUUUUCUCUCCACCCCCAAAUCAUCAUCACAAUACAAUAUCAUCAAGAGUUUCACGCCUAAGGCGAUCGUCAAGAUGUUCUAAAUCACCCCCUUCCCCCGUUAUUCCCAAGUCCUCCGUCAAAAUUACGUCCCAGGACCUUAACGCAUCAAUCCCCACUCAACCACCUCGUUCAGCUCACCUCUCGGUCGACCUGAACUCUAGCCCUGCUUUGAAUAGCUUCAGCUCAAGUUCUCUCACAACCGCCAACAUUUCAGUCCAAGACUUCCCAGUCUUCACCACGGAUCCCCAGUCACCAUGGCUUCCCUCCACGAAUUCCAGCCUGCCGGCACAAUCCGCGCAACAGUUACAGAGUCCCGAAUCACCACAACAGGACUUUGUCUUGUUCGAUCAGCCUCAGCCCCCUAAUCGGUCAACUACAUCGCUGCAAUCUCAGCGUCGUCACUCGUCUCAUCUGCACAAUCGUCACCAACAGCCUGUCUCCCCUGCUGCACAGAAUCAACGAGUCGCCCAGUUGCUCCAGGCUUUUGGUCAUUCUUCGUCCCCUGUAAACCGUCCUACGAAUCAGUUUUACGCCUCUUCGGCUCCAUCGUCAUCUACCGCUUUGAACAAGCAGAACCGUCCUGCUAGGCCUCCAGUUCCUCUCUUUUCUCAGAGUACAGGAAGUGUCCCGCAACAAACCGCCAAGAUGAUGAACGCUGCAGGUUUGUGCACCCGUGAUCUCAUUUCCAGUACCACUAGCUCACCAAUAUCAGACGUCGAACUCCCUGAGGAGUUUACCGCCUUCGACGGCGGGGCCAACACGGCUUUCUCUUCACCCGCUGUCCCCUCUGUCUUUGACUUUGGCGGCAGCUCUUCCAGCUCUAUUGGCAAUCUGGCGACUAUCUCGCCCCAAGAUCUUUUUGCUCAUGAUAACUUCAUGUCUGCACCUAACUCGUCAGCAUUGACGGCCUUGACUUCACCAUCCAUCUACAACGAGUCCCCUGAGUUCGAUGGAUACGAUGUGUCUCCAAACUUCGGCAGUGCCGAUUUCGACGGUGCUGCAGACCCUUGGUUUCCCUUGUUCCCCCAGGACAACAACGUUGCUCCUGCUCAACCCACCAGCGUUGAGAACUCACCGGAGCUUAAGUCUGAUGAAGUCGAUUCAGACAACCAGUCUCCUGCUCCCAGUCGCCGUAAGUCGGGUACAUCUCCUUCCACUCGUCACUCUUCUGUGGCCGGUGUGAAUGCCCGCAAGCGUGACAAGCCCCUGCCCCCUAUCGUUAUCGAUGACCCUAGCGACAUCGUCGCCAUGAAGCGUGCUCGUAACACUCUUGCAGCACGAAAGUCUCGUGAGCGAAAGGCUGCUAAGUUGGAAGAACUUGAGGAUAAGAUUGCUAAGCUGGAAGCUGAGCGCGAUCACUGGAAGAGGAUCGCUCUUGCGCAAACCGGCAUGCAAUAAUGGAUUAAAAGUGGAAUUUCUUUCCUUUGCCAACACGGGAUUUCGUUGGUUUGUUAUUGUGUUUUAAUCAGGUUUCAUUGAUUCUUAUAGUCAAUCAGUCAAUUAAAUUGCUUCUCUUGAAUUUUGUAUCUUCAUAUGAAUGUUUUCGACACGAAAUCAUGCGCUGUGUCCAUUCAUUGUCAAUAUAAAAUCUGUG